GGGGUGGGGAGUCGCCGCGCUCGCACCGCCCUGGCUCCGCCCCCGGCCCGCGCCGCCGCCCGCGCCGCACGCCGCCGCUGUCAAUCAAGGGCGAGUCAGCCGGGCUCGGGCGGAGAGAGGAGCUGCUACGCCACAGCCCAGCGGCGGCCAUUCGCGGAAAAAGAGGCAGAGCCUGUGCCAGCUACAGCCUCCUCCGAGCCACCCCGGGCGGGCGGGACCGGCCUCUCCUCCCGCCUCGCCCCCACCCCCACCCACCUCUAUCCCAGUGUCUCUGUGAGGGUUUGUCCUGUUAAUGCGGGAUGAGCGAUCAGAAGAAGGAGGAGGAGGAGGAGGCGGCGGCGGCAGCGGCGAUGGCUGCAGAAGGAGGGAAAACCUCUGAGCCAGAGAAUAACAAUAAAAAACCCAAAACCUCAGGCUCCCAGGACUCUCAGCCCUCUCCUCUGGCUUUACUGGCAGCUACUUGCAGCAAAAUAGGGACCCCCGGUGAAAAUCAAGCAACUGGACAGCAGCAGAUUAUUAUAGACCCAAGCCAAGGACUGGUACAACUUCAGAGUCAACCACAGCAGCUGGAACUGGUGACCACGCAGCUUGCUGGCAACGCUUGGCAACUUGUUGCCUCCACGCCUCCUGCUUCAAAAGAAAAUAACGUUUCUCAGCCAGCUUCUAGUUCAUCUAGUUCUUCCAGCAGUAAUAACGGGAGUUCCUCUCCUACAAAAACGAAAUCAGGUAACUCUUCCACUCCUAAUCAGUUCCAAGUCAUACAAGUACAGAAUCCAAGCGGUAGUGUACAGUACCAAGUGAUCCCCCAACUUCAGACGGUGGAAGGUCAGCAGAUUCAAAUCAAUCCAACUAGUAGUUCAUCUCUACAGGAUUUGCAGGGUCAAAUUCAGCUCAUUUCUGCAGGUAAUAAUCAAGCUAUCCUCACGGCUGCUAACAGGACAGCUUCUGGUAAUAUUCUUGCUCAAAACCUGGCAAAUCAGACAGUUCCAGUACAAAUUAGACCUGGUGUUUCAAUACCAUUGCAAUUGCAGACCCUUCCUGGUACUCAGGCUCAGGUUGUAACAACCCUACCAAUUAACAUUGGAGGAGUGACUUUAGCUUUGCCAGUGAUAAAUAACGUGACUGCCGGAGGAGGGACUGGACAGGUUGGCCAGCCUACGACUACUACUGAUAGUGGGACUUCCAAUGGGAAUCAGUUAGCGUCUACGCCCACCACCACCACCGCUUCUGCCAGUACUAUGCCUGAGUCGCCCUCUUCCUCCACUACCUGCACAACCACUGCGUCGACCUCUCUAACAAGCAGUGACACAUUAGUGAGUUCAGCAGAUACGGGCCAGUAUGCAAGCACGUCAGCCAGUAGUUCUGAACGCACCAUUGAAGAGUCGCAAACACCUGCUGCUGCCGAGUCUGAAGCCCAGAGCUCCAGUCAGCUGCAGCCCAAUGGGAUACAGAAUGCACAGGAUCAAUCAAAUUCUCUUCAGCAAGUGCAGAUUGUAGGCCAGCCUAUCCUGCAGCAGAUCCAGAUCCAGCAGCCUCAGCAGCAGAUUAUUCAAGCUAUCCCACCACAGUCAUUUCAGCUCCAGUCAGGGCAGACAAUUCAGACCAUCCAGCAGCAGCCUUUGCAGAACGUUCAACUUCAAGCUGUAAACCCGACUCAGGUGCUUAUCAGGGCUCCAACUUUAACACCUUCAGGGCAAAUCAGCUGGCAAACCGUCCAGGUUCAGAAUAUUCAGAGUCUUUCAAAUUUACAAGUUCAGAAUGCUGGGUUGUCUCAGCAGCUGACCAUCACCCCCGUGUCUUCAAGUGGUGGCACGACUCUUGCUCAGAUCGCACCUGUGGCCGUCGCGGGCGCCCCGAUAACUUUGAACACUGCCCAGCUUGCAUCAGUGCCUAACCUCCAGACAGUGAGCGUUGCCAACCUGGGUGCUGCGGGCGUUCAAGUUCAGGGAGUUCCAGUAACAAUCACUAGUGUUGCAGGUCAGCAGCAAGGACAGGAUGGAGUGAAAGUCCAGCAAGCUACGAUAGCUCCUGUAACGGUGGCAGUUGGAGGGAUUGCUAAUGCUACGAUAGGUGCUGUUAGUCCUGACCAACUCACACAAGUGCAUUUGCAGCAAGGCCAGCAGACCUCUGAUGCAGAGGUGCAGCCUGGCAAAAGGCUUCGAAGAGUUGCCUGCUCGUGUCCUAAUUGUAGGGAAGGAGAAGGAAGGGGCAGCAGUGAGCCAGGAAAGAAGAAGCAGCACGUUUGCCACAUUGAAGGGUGUGGGAAAGUGUAUGGCAAGACCUCUCACCUCCGAGCCCAUCUUCGCUGGCACACUGGAGAAAGGCCUUUCAUCUGCAACUGGAUGUUCUGUGGCAAAAGAUUCACACGGAGCGAUGAGCUGCAGAGACACAGAAGGACCCACACAGGAGAAAAGAGAUUUGAAUGUCCAGAAUGUUCUAAAAGGUUUAUGCGGAGUGAUCACCUCUCCAAGCAUGUCAAAACUCACCAGAAUAAGAAAGGCGGUGGGACAGCGCUUGCCAUUGUUACCUCGGGAGAACUGGACUCAUCCGUUACAGAGGUGCUUGGCUCCCCACGGAUUGUCACAGUUGCAGCCAUUUCUCAAGAUUCGAAUCCAGCAACUCCCAAUGUUUCAACAAACAUGGAAGAAUUCUGAGACGCUCUCUGUAACAAAGACCUCUCGUGCUGCACUUACGUUUACACACCUUUGAAAAUCUGGAAAUGGGCUGGUCAAGUGGAAAUCAGAGUAGGAAAUCACAUUUGCAUCCUUGGCAUCUUUAAGAAUUCCAGGGAUUUUUUUGGUUCAACACAUAAAGUGUUGAAUUUUUAAAAAUAGAAAAAGAAAACCAAUAUACUGGAAACAGAAAAGUAUUUCUUCCAUGCUAUAAGUUGCUGUAGUUUUUUGGAAAUACAUCACAUAACCUUUAAACAGAAUCCUCCCUCCUUUAACAUCAUGUGUUGUUAAUAUGUCUCAAGAGACAGACCACGUGAAUUUGCAGGCUGGACCUUAAUUGGACUUAAUCUGUUUGGAAGUACUUUGUUAAAAAUUUAGCCAGUAAUAACUUACAUGCACUUCUUUUACUCUUUAGCACAGAAAACAGAUUGUUAUCUGACAACAGGGAUAAUACUGUGUUUCUUUAGCUUGGUUUUUGGAAAAAAUCCAUUCAAAAUAGUUUUGGCCGUCUUUUCUAAAUAUCAAAAGUUCUUCAAAAGUUGAAUUAGGUUACAUUCCAAAAUACUAAUCUGAGAUGUGUCUCAGGUCUUUAUUACCACUACAUUAUAGUAGUGUGUACGCAGACAAUCAGUGAAGCCCAAUUAUUUUCUCCAUUUUGGAGACACAGAGGACCUUAGAGCGAACUCUUAGGUUAAAUUUUAGAUUGAAACCUUAGGGAAAUGCUGGGAGAAAAUUUGUUAGAACAGAAUUCAUGAUAGCUUCAGAAGAGCAAGAGGAAGCAGUUUAACAAUGUUUGGAAGUUAAGGUUGACUGUGUGUCUAACCCUGUGUUCAAUAGCAAAAUUUCAUUUUAAAUGUUCAUAUUGGAAAUGCUCACAUAAAUUACAGAUCUAUGUAAUUUCAUGUUCUAUAAAUAUGAGUUAUGCUGACAAUGUGCAGAAUUCUUUAUGCUUUGACUUAGUAGCCAAAGAAAGAAUUAUCAUACUUUUUCCAGGCCAGCAGAAAAUUAUUUUUAACUACAUUAUAAUUUUUGUUUUCCUUUACUAAAAAUUGGCAAAUCCAAUUUUAUUUCUAGUAUUGUGUUAGGUUUAUUAAGAACUUAUAUCACAGUGAUAUCUUUAUGUUGUAUCAAUAACAGAAUUUUCCCUAAAGGUUUAGACAGCUUAACAAAUGUAUAAUAGAAAUGAUAUUAUGAAGCAAAAAAUAUUUUUGGAAAACCAGAAUACUUUUCAGUCAAAUAGUGACUGAAAAUAUAUUUCAUUGUUUGUGCAAGGGUCUUAGAGAGCAGUGUCUUAUUAGGAAAGAUGGCCAAACUUUUCAUAUGAAAAACAAUUGGAUUAUUCUAAUAGAUUAAACAUUAGUAAGACAAUGUUUUUAGAAAAUAUUUACACAGAGUCCUAACUAUUGAAACUGACCAUUUGGAAACUAAAGUUUUUACCUACUUCAUUUCAUUGGUUUGAAUAUAGGUAUAUGUUUUCUUGUGCAUUUUUUAUUGUUUCAGGAAAAGUACUACUCAUGAAAAUUCUCUUCCCAAAUCAUGAUGUUUCUUGUAUUUUUGAUGAAGGAGAAAUACUGUAAUGAUCACUGUUUACACUAUGUACACUUUAGGCCAGCCCUUUGUAGCGUUAUAUAAAACUGAAGGCCUUUUGUGCUUUCGGUUUGUAUAAAAAAGCUUUGAGAUUAAAGGAAAAAAAAUUUUUACACUGUGGUUAUAAAUUUCAAGUUUCUUAAAGCUUUUGUAGACUUGUAACAAAGUCUUUAAAUUUUAGUUGAAUUUUGUAAAUUGUUUUGUAUAUUUUAUUUAAUGUACUCUUAACAACUGAUGUAUCUGGCUUUAAAACAUCAGAAUCAGUUUGUUGUUUGUUUGGUACAGAGGAGCAUUUGGUAGUGUUAAUUUUAAUUUUAUUAUAUAGGAGCUGAAACAUCAAAUAUAUAUUUUAUCUAUCAUGCUACACAAUCAAUGCUAUAAAUUUUUUUUAUGCAAAGAGACUUUCUUAAUGUUUUAAUCAUGUUUUCUCUGAGCUAUACUUUUUGUUGUUAGCACCAAGUAUGAGCACUCUGCAUCAUUACUCCAUGAGCCAGUUUUAUGCAACCCAUGUAUGCUCAUCAGAAGUGCAAGUUAUCCUCACCAACAAUGAGGCCUAUUAUAAAUGUAUCAGACUGAAUCUGGAUUACCUUAUAGUAUAUAAAAUAAUCAGUCAGCAGGCACAUUUCACCACUGAAAUUAGAAAUAUUUUGACAGUCUGUUCUGCGUACCAUUCUGAGUCCACCUUUCUGUCGUACAGCAGUCGUAAAUUUCAGUGUCCUUUAUUUGACUCAGUGGGAUGUAGCUGUGGUAGGGCACAGAUGUGCAGUAGAGUCCUGUUAAUGGCGUUUCACUGCUCAUUCCCUUUGCCACCGUUAUGAAGCUUUUCUUUGUAAAAUUAUCAGUGCAAAGCUCUGUAUUUAUCAUGGUAGAACUCCAGUGUUAGAGUAGUUUUCUCUUACGGUAUACUUUCUUUGGUUAGGUUUGUGUAUGUGUUGCUGAUUACAUUAGAACUUGAUGUUAAGUCAUUAUUUAUCACACUCAUGAGAGCAGUAAUAAAAGUGUGUAAUCUAGGAGAAAAAGUUAAUUUGUCAAACUUAGAUAAGCAUGAUGUUUAGGUCCUAUUUUUCAAUUUUAUAACUGUUUUAUUGCAACAAUAUUUGUAUUUAAGUCUCCAUUUUAAUGCCUUGUGGUGUUUUUUUUAUGCAUGUCACUAAGUUGUCAGCCCACAUAAAUUGAUGUGCAGCAUAGGGUAUUAAAUCUACAUAAUGAUUUUAAAACAGAAAUAGUUGAUGGUAAAAUGUAAAUGUUUUGCAAAAAAUUCCUUAUAAAAAGUUUCGUAGUAACAUUUCACUUGUAAAUUUUUUGUAAAAAAGAAAAUGGAAAAAAAAGAUGAAUACAGAAAAAAAAAACCUGUUUUCCCAUAUCCUAGAAUUUAGACAAUUAUUCUGCCAGCAAAGCCUCUGGGGCUGUAAUUGACAUUUUUACAGUGCUGAUUUGUAUAAAAUUUGUUUUUUGUGGAUUUGGAAAUAAAAUCAUGUACAAGUUGUUGCCUGCAGUAACAAUUGCAAGUAACCUAUUAAAGUCCCCUUGGGUUGAACAUGCUUCAUUUAAUUAUGUAUACCAUAGAGCAGCAAUAAAGUGUUUAAACUACCAGCCUUCUCAUCACAGUGAACACCGAAAAUUUAAAUGCCUCUCACUAGAAAAUGUAUUGGCAACCCUUCUUAAUCCUGGUGUUAAGAUCUGAUCAACACUGUUCUGAAAAUACCGCCAAAGAACAUCAGUUUAAAUUGCAUGUUAAUUUGUGACCAUUGCUGUAGACAUUUAUGAAAAUUAAUUUUUGAUUUAGAGACACUUUAUUUAAAUAAUUUUAAGCAAUAAAUGUUAGGAAAUAGUAGGAUGGUCUAAAAAAUGAAAAACAAAAUUAAAAUAAUAUUUAAGCUCAGCAACAUUAGAAGCAGUGUAGGCUACCUAAAUGUGUGAAAGUCUGUAAGAAAAAACAGAACUGCUUUUCCUUCUGGGAGAGACUUGCAGGUCUCACAAAAACCUUACCACCAUGAGAAUACACCACAGUAUGACUUCUGUGGACACAUUUCCAAGUCUGCAGAUUCAGCAGAGCUGGUACAGAGAACUGCAGGAUGUUAGGCACACAGGGAAGCGAGCUGCCCACAAGGCUCCAACUAGUGUUUAAACAUGGAAUAGAUAGAGUGGUAUACUGUGUGUGUACAUAGCUUAUACAGGCAUAGCCUAAAGACAUGGCUGUGCCACAGCGUACAUGCAUACAUAGGGAGGGUAUGUUCUUAACAGUGAUCAAACCAAAGGGCAGUUAAAUUUAUGCUCCUCUACCAAGUAACAACUUUGUCAAAAGAUUUCAUGUCAAAAGUAAAGUUACCCAUUUUGACAGGACUGCUUAACUAUGCCUGUAGCUUGUUCCCCUGGGUUCUAUUUAAGCCCAAAGCUUAUGUCAGUUCCCAAAGAUAAGCUUGGAGUUCCUUGGCCUGUUUGCCUGUUCCUCUUAGCAGUGAGCACUGAUUAAAUGUCUUUUUAUCCCUCCCCAAACUAGUAUAUGUUUCAGUUUCCUGAAAGAGUUACAUGUACUCAUCAUGAUGACACUGCAUGAAAAGAUAAACUCAAAACCUGAAAUUUUCACUUCAAAUGCAGUAAUGGUUGGUUUCUGAACUAGGAAUUUCAACCACAUGAAUAAGAUUGAAGCCCAAAGUGGAAUCAGUCACAAUCAGACUGCUGACCUGAAACUGUUGUACGGAGCUGAAGCAGUGUUAGAGCCAAUACUGUAGUAGCUGUGGUCAGCAGUGCUGUUGUUAAAGAUGACCUUGAAGUCAGAAAACUUAAGUUUGAUAUAGCUUAUUUAAAAGUUUAGGUGCUGAGUUAGAGGGGUACAGAGACUUCAGAUGCCAGUAAGAAAUGUGGAAUUCCUUGAUUCUUCAGUGAUUGUUGUGCAUGCUGUAAUGUGCAUAAUAAUAUGUUCCGUCAAUUUGUAAUUGUGUUGCAGGAUUUUAAAGUCAUUUUCUAAGAUUUUUCUGGUUGGCAUAGCCUUGGGCUCUGCUUCUCUUAGUAGCAGGUGGCAAUGAAGUUGUCUAUUUUUGGAUAGCUGAGCAAGAUCUCAAAUUGAAAUAGUGGAAGGAAUCACGGAACAGGGCAAGGAGAGAAAGGAAAGCACAAAGGGCCGGUCGUAGGCAGCCACCUCUCCAUGGUGGUAGCACUAGGAAAAGAAGCCAGUGCUGAGGCUGGGCUCCUGGAUUAGUUGUUGAUCUAGUUAUUCAGUUAUUCUUCUGCAUAUUGCCCAUAUUUGCACAAUUGUGAUUGACACUGUUAGUAAGUACACCAAGCACCUGGUAAGCAGCAACAGUCACAGUCGGCAACCUAGAAGAGGUUACUUUAUUCAUGAUACUGUGCCAAAAGAGCAUAAACUGGAUGGCUGUAAACAGUAGAAACAAGCCCAAGGUUCAGUGUCUGAUGUGAGCCAAAUCUCUGGUUCAUGUGUUCCCUUGACAACCCUCACACAGUAGAAGGCAUGCGGUAGCUCUCUGAGGGCCUUCUUUCUCAGGGGGCACUAAUAUCAUUUCAGGACACUGUUUUUAAGAUCUUACCACCUCAUAGAGGCCCCACCUCCUCUACUGUGUUGAGAAUUGGAUUUCAACAUGGGAAUCUGGGGAGAUAAACCAUCAGACCCAGCAGGAGGCAUUGAACACUUCCCAACAAGAUUAAUGGCGAAGUGCUUGGAAAAGGUGCAUCACGUUGCAAAGCUAACUUAAAACUGUGUGAAAAGGAAGGAAACUCCAGCAGGAAUUCCCCAUUUCAACCGUGUUUUUCUCAAGCUGAGCUAGUUUGAGGUAUUGUGCCUCAAAAUAGAUGACAACGGUCUCUGGAGUAGCAUGUCACACUGGGAAUGAGACGGAAGUUACUGAAGCAUAUCGAGACUGUGCCUCCUGGGAGGAGCCAACACAAGGCAAGUGAGGAUGCCCAGGUUUCGAAACAGCUGAGAAAGCUCAUCUGAAGACAGAUCAGACACCACCAAGGGACAGCAGACAGAAAGAGAGGAGCCUGCACAGCUGCCUCAAGCAACAGUUCAUCUUUGCAUCCUACCUUUCUAGGUGGUUGGCUUGGUUUAAAUUGUGUUAUUUAUUAUCUUGCUAUCAAAUGCAGUCUAAUAAAUAUUUUAUUUAUAGUAGUAUUUUUGUGAUGUGGAAGCUAUAAUAAAAUUAUAUUUUCUGCUGAUAAAAUUGUUUCUAGUUUAUAUAAUUUUAUGCUGGAAUUAAAUGUAUGAAUAAUGCAUGACAAUGUAAAGGGCAUCAUGAUUUCUAAGUAUUUGGUAACAUAACAAACAAGUUUGAAAACCACUACUGAGGAAAAUACCAUAAAAGCAAACAGGCUAACAAAAAGAAAAAUUUCAAAUUCAAUAAAAGUGUAGCUGGUUACACCUUUAAUUAGCAUAACCAUUUUAUAUCUUUACAGCUGUCUUUACACUAGCUUAUGCUCUGUGUAUGUGUUUGGUGGAGUGUUAUGUCUCUAAUGAUGCUUUGUAAGAAUGAAGCUUAUGAGUUAAUUGUAUUCCUUUCUGAUUUCAUGGACAGAAAAAAAUAUUGUUGAAAAAUCAAGUCUCAAUUUGGUGAUCCUGUAUUAGUUUAUUUAAAGAGACUGAGGUGUUUUUGUUGGUGGUGGUCCUCAUUGUUUAUUUGGCUUUGUUUUUCAUAAUGUGGAUGGUAGUUUGUAUUAAAAGUCUAUGUAAAUUGGUCCACAAAUUCUUGAAGUACUUUCCUCUUACAUCUCGUUUGUGAACAAGACAUAUUUAAGAAAAAGUAAAAAAAAAAAAAAGCAAACCUAGCAGAUUUCUUGGAGUUGAUCACUUUACAGACAGGCAUUUUUCUGUAUUUUUUAGGAAAAGAGUUAUCUUACUGAUAAAAGUGAAUUUUAAAUAUUAAUUUAAUUAAACUUAUUUGAACCUGU